UUGUCAGACGGGCCUGUCGGAGGGAAAGCGGAAGCACCAAAGGACAUUCUGGUGGCCAUUGCUGAGCUGCAGAACCUGAAUGGAUUUUGGAAACUUGAGGCAGACUUGGCUGACCUCCUUGACUGUCCACUGGACAAAUUGAUGUCCACAAAGCCAAAGAAUUUGGCUGAACUAGAAGACACGGUCUGGGCGACGGCGCUAGUGAUCGCUUUCUUCAAAACAAAGGUCGCUGAUCGUCGGCUGGAAUGGCAACUUAUGUCAACCAAGGCACAAAAUUGGCUCGCUACAAGGCUGAAAUCGGAUAUGUCAGUGGAUGAGCUAAUCAAAAAGGCCACCUCUGUGCUUGAUCCCACCUCUGUGGAUGAGGCUACAACCAUCAAACCAAAACUAGAAUGGGUAGUUAGCACUGGGAGUAGCAGCUCUGAAACGCAGAAUCGGCAAUCUGCAAGAAUUGAAAAUGAGGAGAAGAAAAGCACUGACAUUGCUAACGGGCCAACCAUUUUUGUGGGCGGUAUCAAGUAUCCAUUAUCCUUGGACACCAUCAGGGAGUACUUUUCACGUUUCGGAUGUGUUGCCGAGGUGAGACAGGCUCUUUCGCCUUAUGACGGUGAUCAACUAGCCUAUGGCUUCGUCACCUUUGCGAAGAAUACCGAUGUAACCGUGAUUCUGGCCUCGAAGCGACACAGUGUCGACAGUGUGAACGUCGACGUUCGACCAUACGACCGUUCAAAAUAUCCCCAGACAAAUUGCAUCAAGCUUUAG